AAAAAUUUCCAUUGGAGGAAGAGGACGUACCUCUCUCUACAUGGCUCCUUCUCUUUCGCUGUCACUUUCUCUCUCUAGAAGCCGCUUCGUCGCAGCAGCAGCUUCUCUCGUCCCUUCGUCUCGAUUCGUCUCCGUCCGAUCUCAAUCCUCCGACCGCCCUUCCAACCACGGCGGCGAUCUCCACGAGACCGACACCGCCGCGUCGCAGUCGCAGAUCGAUCCUCUCAUCCAGAAGCUGGAGGACGCAGUCCACCGUAUAAUCGUGCGCCGAUCCGCACCUGAUUGGCUACCAUUUGUUCCCGGCGCAUCGUAUUGGGUCCCGCCACCGAGAUCCCAGCCCCAUGGAAUCGCACAGCUCGUCGAGAAGCUAGCGAAUCCGAUGACCGACGAGGAAUCUCUCUCCACCACUUCGGAUCGGGGAUGGCCCUCUUCUGAUUACUUCAUCGAAGGUGUACAGCCACAUCCACUGGAGAUAGAGGCGACUUCAGAUACUGCAUAUCGGUCCGAGGAAGAAGAAGGGUAGAUCACACGACUUGUUGCAAUGGCGUCUGGGGCUCUUCAAGAUCUGUAAAUUUCAAGAACACAAGCCAGGAUGCACCUCAGAUCAGCAAAGAGGGAAGACUGAAUAUGGCCAAAGAGAGAAAUGGAAUAAGAAAGAUGUUUGUUUUUUUUGUAGCAGCAUCUCAUUCUGUUUGUGUAAAUAUUUAUUGAAAAUGAACAUCGUAUUUCCAUAUAUAUGAUGAUAUUCAGGGGUUUUUGUAAAAAUAUAA